CUUUAUGAUUUCAAAUGGUACUUUCUUCUGAAUGAUGGAAAGGGAGAAUGAAAGGGCAAAGCUUGGCCUCCAGCCUGUUAACUAUCAUGGAAAAUGGCCUUUGAAGCGUGCCUCUGUGUUUCAGGAACCUUUAUCUGCAGCUCUCUCUGCGCUUACUCUUGUGCAAUUUAAUGGGUGGCUAUCAUUUUUCCUCUUGCUUUAUUAUAAACUUCCUCUACGGCCAGAAACUCACAAGACAUACUAUGAAUACACUGGCUUGUGGCACAUCUAUGGGCUCCUUGCCAUGAAUUCAUGGUUCUGGAGUGCCAUAUAUCACAUUUGUGACACAAUUUGGACAGAAAAGCUAUAUUUUUCAUCAGAUGCUGCCUUUCUAGGGUAUUCCCUCAUUUUGACGAUACUGCGGACUUCAAGUUUAAGAGACGAAGCAUCUAGAGUUAUGGUUGCCGCUCCUAUUCUAGCAUUUGUGACAACCCACAUUAUGUACCUCAACUUCUAUGAACUUGACAAAGCAAUGAUGCAGCUCCUCAAGGGCAUCAACAGCUACAGGUCCUCGCUCAAGGUCCCGGCGCUGUCCGAGAAUAAGAACACGACGUGCCUGGCCGAGCAGCUCGCGAGGCAGUUCAAGGGGCACGAGUGCACCAACACGUUUUUGGAUGCAACUAUAUUUGCAUUCUGGGCGAAGACAUCAGUGGAUAUUGAACCAAAGAGAAUUAGGCUGAAGUCAAGCAGUUAUACUUCAAAUACUAUGCUUGACACUGUGACAACAGCAACAGUGCAGGUUGUAACAUUGCUCUAUGGCUCUAAACAUGCUACGAAAAGGAGACUUGAUAUGCUAGAAAAGAAGGCUCUAGAGUGCAGCGAGCCCACUGUUCCAUCCAGCAAGCAGGUGUUCGAUGAAAUGCCUGCCCGAGCCUGGCAAGUUUUUGAAAUGGCAAGCUAA